AUGACUGUCUCCUGCAAGAGAGAGGGAGGCGGCGUUAGCGCUGCCGGCGGAGCAGGGCGCGAACGGGGCGGCCGAGACCGGAGCCCGCCGGACACUCACCCUCCCCUCAGCGGCGGCACCGGGAAAAGGCCGAACGGGGCUUCCCAGCCUCUUCUCAGGGGCGCCCGCGCCGCAAAGCGCAACACCGUCUUCCGGCAGUGCGACAGAGAGCGUGCGCCGCCCGCCCCUCUCCGCUCCUCCGUCCGGCCGCGCUUUACGGCAGCGCCGGGCGACCGCCUUCCGUUAACCGCCGUCCCUGGGGCCGGAGGGACGAUGGCGAGGCCCGGCGGAGGGGCCGCGCCUCAGUCUCUGCCUCUCCGGCUCCUUCUGGAGGGGCUGUGCCUGCCGUCUCCUCACCGGCCGGGAGGCGCGGCCCCUGGGCCCUGCGGCAGGCCGGCCGGAGCGGCUGGGUGGGUGCUGGGCAGGGUUAAAUGGGGUGGACCGGACCCGACCGGAGCUUCUGUAGUUUGGAAUUUAAAGUAGCAAGUGACUGGACUUCCAUGUGAAAUCAUGAUCUUCAUUCUCCACUUGGACCUUGUCAUCUUUCAAAUCAAAUUCACAUGUAAGUUCAAAAGGUAAACAUUCCAAGAGGAUGGCAUUUUAGCUUCCACUUAACACAGAGGUAUGUAGCUACCGAGAGUGUAAGGCAACAAAGAGUCAAGGUCAAUAUGUUAACAAGGCCAGCUGUAAUGUGACUCUAAAUUUCUUCCUAUUUAAAGGAGAGACAGUGCUCUCCAUGGAAAAAUAGUGUGAGAAUAAGUGAGAUUAUCUUCCUCCUGUAUUAUCUGAAGCAUUAAUAGAAAGGUGAGAGCUAUGGCAAAUUAUGGUCAGUUACUUCUAUGUAUGUUGUCAUAGAAAAUAAAAAAAAAAAUCAUUGUA